AUUUAGCAUUUGAUGACAUUCUCAUAGCUUAGUUUACACAACAGUCAAAAGGAAAUGUCCUUCUUCCACUUCUCCCUACCCUCGGCCACAUCCCCAGAACACAUUCUAUCAGAGUUUAAACCAACAUGUAUUGUUGGUUUAAUUGGCCACAGCAGAUCGGAUCCCUCCUCCAUGGCAUCCAUCAUCAACUCAUCUCUACCUGGUGCUCAAUUUGUUCUGUCCAAGUCAACAUCUGAAAUACAGUGUUUCUUUGACGGUGAUCAGGGCAUCUUGUAUAUGUACGUGGGUAGACAUGAUGACAUAAACAAGCUGAAGAAUCUGCAACAAUUGUUCGAAACCCAAAACUCACAUCUUGUCCACCAUCAAGAAAUGAUCAAACUUAAACACGAGGCAGGAAAUAAAGACGUGGUUAUGGUUAUUUAGCGUGUGUCACUUUGUAGUGGUACUGCAUCCCUCACAAUCAUUUGACGUGGAGUACAUCAGACUCUUCCGCACCACUCAGCAGCUCCUGCAGCACUUUGCUCCUAAGAUUAAGGAGCUGUAUCCUGAAACAGAACUCCUGACCACGGCCAGGAUUUAUCGGCCCAGAUUGUUGUUUGUUUUCCAGAGUAAUAGUGCUAGCAUGCACUUACCUCCUAAGAAAGGACGUCAAGGUUUUAACCAGCAGUGCAAGAGACUCGGUCUAGAAAUGGAGACACAAAUAUUCCACAUAUUCAGGAAGUGCCGUCUGCUUCCCAAACAAGCCUCACGAGGUGCCCAAGACUUGGCACAUUUACCUCCUCCUAAUGAACUGAGGGAACCUUUUGUUCUCUUUCUCGACGGUAAAGGGAGACCCUCCAGUGAGAGUCCUAGCUUUAAACACGUGGAUACUGCACUGUAUUACAUUUCCCAACUAUCUGCAACUGCUCCACAGUACGUACAGGACGUUAAGGAAGACACUAUGACACUCGGCUCUUUUCUCAAACGUAAUGUUAAGAACCUCAGGAAUCAGGUGCUGCAAGAGAAGGAAGAGGGAGUGACCUUUGUGCCACUAGGGGAGUGGUACAGUGCUGCCAUACUACUUUACUCCUUCUACUGUCACGCUGACAAUGACGCUAACUUUAGUGAGAACGGUCCUGCUAAAAUAAUCAUGCAACUAGAUCCAGAGGGGCAAUACUCGGAGAACAGGUGCCAGAAAGCAUAUCCAGUCGCAAGUGCGGCCUACAUGGACUCAUUACCGUCACACUAUACCCAUGCCAUUCACCAGAGACAGCUUCAGCACGCACUGCACAUACUGAGAUCACGUGCUAAGGGUCCCGCCUUCAGCACAUACGCGGCUAAACUGAAAGAAGAUUGUGACGCUAUAUGGGAGGAUGGCCGAAAGGGCUGUGAAAGCAUCAGUUUAACAGGAAAUGCCUGUGUCUUGCCGCUCCACGAUUCAGCAAGGGUGCACAGCAACAGACUGAGGAUGAGAAGCGCGUGCAGUUGCGGGAGAAGUAUUUCGUAUCGUUCAGACCCCUUCACUCUGGAGAGUGCUAACCAUGAAUUUUACAUGUCCCUCUCCGACAAGUGUUGCUCUACGUUACCCCAACACAGGCUAUUCGGGAGAAAUCAGCUCAGUUGGAUGAUUUGCAACAUUGGCCCCGCGUCUUCGUACCAAACCACUAUGGGGAUUGAGCAGCCAGGAUUUCUUCUCGGAUCUCAGUACUUGCUACCGUGGGACCUGCCACCAGAUGAAGCUUGGGCUCCCGAACCUAAGAACGCUUGGCGGGGCAAGCGCAGUGUCAGGUGUUACGUAGGGUACGAAUACGAAUGCAGUAAAGGGCACAGGUUCUACUGUUCAGCAGGAGGAGCUCCAGUGAAGGGGUCCCCUGCUAACAUGAUCAAGGAGAACAGCGGGGGUAAUAAUGUCAUGUCAGACAUGAUCCUCUACACUACCUGUCCUUCUCAUACCAAUAAGCCGCUGCUUGGUCAACUCAUGAGAAUAGUUGUCUGCUCCCCUGAACAAGUCAGUUUGUCCGUCUGUCUGAACGUGUCUUACCGGAACAUCCGUAUUUCCCUCACCGCCCCCGAUAACGUCCAGAUACCGGGUGGGAAGAUGACAGUGAUCAGAUUACCGUACGUGUAUUGUGAUGAGUCUGACAACCCCCUGCCAUUCGACAUAGAAGCGUACCUCUGCAAGGGGGCCCUUAUCCCCAUGCGCAGCAACAGACGGAGAAAUGAUAAGAAGUGAAGCGACACUUUUCGGGAGUUGACAUGGAUAAAUUUUCAGUGAACGUGGUUCAGAUCUUCAUUCUUCCUAGUUGAGAGGAUAUUAUGUUCGUUGCAUUGAGUUGAAAUUAUAAGACAAAUGACACAACAC